CACAUGGAUAUGUUUUUAAGAUAAUUCUAUGUUUUUUUAUAAAAUAACAUCGAACUCUGAGGGUUGUAUUUACCAUUGUAAUUAUUCUAUUAUAUUUAUCCAGAAUUGUAUUUGAAAUUGACUUAACCUUCUAUUUAUGCAAUAUCUAUCAAAGGGUAUAGGAGUGCUUUUACAAUAUGUCUGUGGCUGAAUUUCUCAAAGGACUCCCUUCGUAUGACGAAAACAACUUCACUAAAUUCCAUGUAGAUAAUAACAAUCGAACUAAUUUAAAAAGGCCAAGUGUUUAUAUUCCAACGAAGGAUUAUCCUGCAGCACAAAUUAUUGUUACAGAGAAAACCACAAUUUUGCUUAAAUAUAUGCAACAGCAUUGGGAUAAAAAGGCAAAUCAAAAAAGAGAACAUCUUGUUGAAAAUGAAGAACCCUCAAGGAAAAGACAAAGGGUGGAUUGAAAUCAUCAUUUAACAUGAAGGUUAUUCUGUUGUAUAAAUUUUUCUAUUAUAAAUUCUUGAGUUUAAGAUUAUGAUAUAAUCUGCAUCUUGUUUGUACUCUUCGUUCAUUUAUCAUAUUAAGUUUAUGUAAUGAUUUGUGAGAAAUAUUUGUAAUUUAUUGAAAAAUAAAUUUAUAAUCGAUA